AUGGCUCCUAAUACAUGUACAUCAUAUCUUCCACCGGAAAUCAUCGAAAAUAUCCUCUUGAGAUCAUCCGUUAAACCUCUUCUUCGAUUCAAAUCAGUUUCGAAAUCAUGGAAUACUCUCAUCUCCGAUCCUAUAUUCGUCCGAAACCAUCACAAUCAAUCGAAGAAGUCGAGCUCGGACAACCUUUUUCUAUGUCAUGAUUAUUACACAUUGAGUUAUUCUAACCUAUACUCGGUGGUUAAAUUGGAAGAUCGAAAACUCCAAACUCUACAAGUAUUCGAGUGCAGCUACCGAUGGGAGGACUACGUGUGUUCUUGCGACGGAGUGAUACUACUCGCGACGGGCUGCGAUACGUACAGGCGAUUCACGUUGUGGAAUCCGUCCACUCGAACACGCACGGAGCUCUGUCACCCGCGUCGCCGCAUCGAAGCGUCUUACGGGCUUAGUCGCGAUCCAACCACCGGCGAUUUCAAGGUGGUUGUUGUUGGUUGGCGCGACAGCUACUCAGUUUAUUCUUGUAAUAACAAAUCCUGGAUGAUAUUUAACAAAGAACACGAAACUCCUCCGCGCACCGGUCCAUCGUCCUGCUAUCGUAGUUUCCCCGAAGUCUGCGUCGAUGGGGUUAGCUAUUGGGUUUGGAGGAACACGUCACAUAUAGUUUAUCACGAUCCGAGAGACGACAAGUUGAAGAUUUUGCAGAAGCCGGAAAAUGUCGACGACAACGAAACUAUUUACUUGGUUGGUUUGAGGGGCUCGUUGUGCAUGUACUGCAAAGGCAGAGACGAGCACACGGUUGAUUUUUGGACAAAGGAAAAGGGCAUAGACAAUAAUUCCUGGAACGAGUUGAUGACCGUUGAGAAUGUGUGCAUGCGUAUUUGGAAUUUUCAACCACUAUGUUUCGUCGAGGAUAAGAUCGUAAUUCAAGAUAGGCGUCGUGACAAAUUACUCGCCUACAUCCCUUGUGAAAAGAGGUUUGAAGAAUUUGAAGGUGACGCGCAACCUUUUGACCGUGUCCGACUUCCAAUUCCGUAUACAGAAAGUCUGGUAUUCCCCGGUUGA